AGAUAAAGCAAAACAAAACGUCUUGGUAAGGUGAAGAAUGAAGAUGAACAACGUGAGUGAGGAGUGAUUGUGCAUCUCCACCACCCUAAACAGUUGACCUUGUGAGUGAAGAAAAAACAAACAACAACGCGUUCCUCAAAUUCACAUUAAAUUAAAAUCCACUCCAUAUCCAAACUCAAAAAAACGCAAUCCAAAACGAUGUCGUUAGAGGAAGAAGACGAGUCUUUCGAGCACACGCUUCUGGUCGUGCGCGAGGUCUCCGUCUACAAGAUCCCGCCGCGCACAACCUCCGGCGGCUACAAGUGCGGCGAGUGGCUGCAGUCCGACAAGAUCUGGACAGGUCGGAUCCGCGUCGUCUCCCGCCGCGACCGCUGCGAGAUCCGCCUCGAGGAUCCCGCCUCCGGCGACCUCUUCGCCGCGUGCUUCGUCUACCCCGGCCAGCGUGAGGGGUCGGUUGAACCGGUGCUCGACUCGUCUCGCUACUUUGUCCUCAAGAUCGAGGAUGGUCAAGGGAAGCAUGCUUUCAUUGGAUUGGGGUUCAAUGAGAGGAAUGAGGCGUUUGAUUUCAACGUCGCGCUUUCUGAUCAUGAGAAGUAUGUGCGUCGGGAGCAUGAUAAGGAAUCUGGUAACGCUGAUGCUGCUGAGGAUUCUCAGAUCGAUAUUCAUCCUGCUGUUAAUCACAGGCUUAAGGAAGGUGAAACCAUCAGGAUUAAUGUGAAGCACAAGACACCUGGUGGAACUGGCAUGCUUUCGGCGGCUGGCCUGACGGGUGGGCAUGCUGCAACACCAAAGCCAAAAGUCUUGAGCCUUGCUCCCCCACCGAGUGGGGGAGGGAAACUCAGGUCUCCUCUUCCACCCCCUCCUAAUGAUCCUGUUGCUGCUCGGAUUGUUUCCACCACUCAUGGAUCUGGACCUAAAGGGACACACGAGGGUGUGAGGCAUUCUACUGACGCUUUAUCAGAUCUUUCUCAACUACAGAAGAAUCUUCCGUCAACAGCCACUUCAGGAUCGACCACAGCUUCAGGAUGGGCAGCCUUCUGAUUAUAUAUAUACAUGAGCAUGUUAACUAUGAGGCUUUUGUUGUUGUCUGAUUUUUUUGGUUCUUUAUUUUGAGAAAAGAAACAGUGGAGGAAACUGAAGAAAGGAGGUGUCAUAAGUAAAGUUAGCGCAAGAUACCAAGGAAUUCUGUGCCUUGAGGGAAGUCCUGGAAAUAUGUAUUUUUCCUCAGUAUGCAAUAACAGGUUUCCAUAUCUAUAUAACAUGAAUUUCUCCCCUAUCCCCCACCCCUUCUCCCAAAAAAUCUCUCUUUCUUGAAUGAGUUGUACUUAUGAUUUUUUUGUGUGCAAGGGAGUUUUCCUUAUGCCAUGUAUGAUGUAUCAUCAACCGAUUACCGAUUUCUUAACAUAGGUAUAUAUAAGGUUGUUUUUCCAA